GGGUAGGUAGGGUUUAGGGUUAAUGCUCAUCAUAGGACGCCAAAACAGAGAGAUAAAGGCAUUGUCAUUUCUUUUUCUUUCUUUCUUUUCCCCCUUUUGUUCUUGACGAGUGAGAAGAAGAUCAAAUCCAAACCCAAAACUCUCACAAACCCAUUUCAGAUCUUCAUCUCAGAACCAAAAAGGUAGGAUUUUUGGGUUGGUUUUUGUUUUGUUUUGAUUAAUAAUCAUGAUGAAGAAACGUCAAGUAGUAGUGAAAAGAUCAUCAGAUGGAGGAUCAUCAUCAUCAUCAUCAAAUAAUAACAACAGUAAUCGAAAUAGAAAUAGUAGUUCAUCUUCAAGAGUAAGAAAUGUGGUCAGAUAUGGAGAGUGCCAAAAGAAUCAUGCUGCAAAUAUUGGUGGAUAUGCUGUUGAUGGCUGCACUGAGUUUCUAGCAACUGCUGAAGAAGGCUCUCAUGGAGCUCUCAUUUGUGCUGCUUGUGGUUGCCACAGGAAUUUCCAUAGAAGAGAAGUUGAAUCUGAAGUUGUUUGCAACAUAUUGGGCGAAAGGAUUCAAAUUCUUGUAGAUAAUGAUAAUGGAGUUGCUAUUCAGUUUCCUAUUGAGAAAGAAGCGUCGGUUGAUACCAACAAGGUGACUAAUGCCUACCCACAUCAUAAGUUAAUCUUGCUGAACAAGAUGACAUAAUAGUUUUUGUUGGGGAGCCAACCCCUUUAGCGAUCCACACCACAAGUUAAUCUUGCUGAACAAGAUGAUGUAAUAGUUGCUGUUGUGGGAGCCAACUUGGUGGAAAACAAAACUGAGUGGAUACUUGAUACUGGAGCUUUGAGACAUUUCUACUCAAACCAAGAACUCUUCCAUGACUACGAGGACACUACUAACAGAGAGUGUGUGAGGACACUACUAACAGAGAGUGUAUGUUCAUAGGUAACUCUGCCACGAUAGUAGUGCUAGAAGCUGGCAAGGUUGUCCUCACAAAAAAUAGAGAUUUUGUUGUUAAGGAGUGUCUGGCUGAUGGCCUUUUUGUAUUGAAUACUAUCCCUGUUGCGAAUAUGAUGAAUA